AGGUCACAACACAAGGUCAAAAAAUUCCAAAAUGGCGAUGCCCAUUAGAAAGUAUUGUAACUCAUUAUUUAUAAUGAAGUUACCAAAGUAUUUCAACAAGAAUGAUAGAAGACAGUUAUUCAGUGAAGCAGACUUAAAGCUUGACCGCUUUCAAAGGCAAAGAGUAUUUAAAAAAGAUGAAUUGGGAGUCACUGGUAAAAAUACUAUACUAAAGAAAUUAGAAUGUGUACAGACUUCAACAGAUGCCAAAUCUAAUGUGUAUUCAUUAAUUGACUUGAUUCACAUUGCUGAAAACAAAGAAGAUUUGCACAUUUUGAAAAGGGUGACCCAAAUGAUUUGCAAGUCAGAUAUUAAUACAAUAGAAAAUUUCAGCUUUGGAGCAAGUUUACUGAGAUUAUAUUACUACUUAGGUUUACCUAUAGAAGCGUAUGAGAUGUAUAAAGAUCCUGCAUGCCAUGAGUUUUUAAGUGACAAUACAUGCCAUAGGAUAUUGAUGGACAUGCUUUACUGCCACAAAUAUUACAAUGAAACCCUGGAUGUUUUCAGGGGCUUAAAAAACUUCAACAUUGACUGUGUGACACUGGCACUGGCAUCAUGCUAUCACAUUAACACAGAAGAAAGUUUCUUGAAGGCCCAUUCAAUAGUAAAGAACAACAAAGAGGAGCAUGUGUUCUCUCGCAGAGCGUUGCUCUUCUACAGCAUGCUAUGUAUACGUCAGAACAAACCUGACCAGGCAUUGCAAAUCUUAACUCUUGUCAAGGAAAAUAAUUUAUCCAAAAACAUUAAGCUCAUGGCUUUGGCUAAAUCUGGACAAGGAAGACAAAUUAUGGAAGUCUUAGAGACAAUAAAAGAUUUAUCUGAAAAUGUUGAAAUGCCUUUGCUUUGUCGAAUCUAUAGUGAUACAAUGACUGAUCUUGAACAAGUAUUAAAAGAAAAACUCAGACCCAAAGAAUUUGCUAACUUUUGCUUUUUACAAGAAGAUCUUUCAGACCGAGCAGUAUUAAGUAGACAGACGGUCUCAAAUCUAUUGGAGAGAAUUAUUCCUGGCAACAUAGAGUACUGGAGGAGGGGUGGCAAGCAAAAAGUGAUUCGAGACUUUUCUUCUGUCAGUGCUGAAGCAACAUGAUACUAUUAAAGAAUUUAAAAAAUAA